CGGCGCGGAGCGGGCACCGGAGCCCGGCCUGAGAGGGGGACGGGCUGCGACGGCGGCGAGGCGGCCCCGCCCCGGGGCUCCAUUGUUGCGGCGGCUCCGGCUCUGCGGGCCGCUCGGCUGCGCGUCGCUCGGCCAGGGCGCCUCCGCCAAGCGGCGAGCGCUGCCCAGGAGGCCGCUCGAGCAAUGGAAGAGUUAAUUGUUGAACUGCGUCUCUUCCUUGAACUCCUGGACCACGAAUAUCUAACCUCAACUGUCAGGGAGAAGAAGGCAGUCAUCACAGACAUCCUGCUGAGGGUACAGUCAUCCAGAGGUUUUGAGGUGAGAGAUCAUGCUACGAAGCCAGAGGCCCCCAACAGCCUGCCGGCCCCUCCCCAGAUGCCUCUGCCAGAGAUCCCGCAGCCGUGGCUGCCACCUGACAGCGGGCCGCCGCCGCUGCCCACGUCCUCUCUCCCAGAAGGCUACUACGAGGAGGCCGUGCCGCUGAGCCCUGGGAAGGCCCCAGAAUACAUCACCUCAAAUUAUGACUCGGAUGCAAUGAGUAGCUCUUAUGAGUCGUACGAUGAGGAGGAGGAGGAUGGAAAGGGGAAGAAAACGCGGCACCAGUGGCCCUCGGAGGAGGCCUCCAUGGACCUGGUGAAGGACGCCAAGAUCUGUGCCUUCCUGCUGCGGAAGAAGCGCUUCGGGCAGUGGACCAAGCUGCUCUGCGUCAUCAAAGACACCAAACUACUGUGCUACAAAAGUUCCAAGGACCAGCAGCCCCAGAUGGAACUGCCGCUGCAAGGCUGCCACAUUACCUAUAUUCCGAAAGACAGCAAAAAGAAGAAGCACGAGUUGAAAAUUACUCAGCAGGGCACAGACCCACUUGUUCUUGCCGUCCAGAGUAAGGAGCAGGCUGAGCAGUGGCUGAAGGUGGUCAGAGAGAUCUACAGCGGCUGCAGUGGGCCAGCAGACUCGGAGUGUCUUCCCCCCUCGAGCUCCCCGGUGCACAAGGCAGAACUGGAGAAGAAACUGUCUUCAGAGAGACCCAGCUCAGACGGGGAGGGUGUUGCAGAAAAUGGAAUUGCUAUGUGUAACGGAAAAGAACAAGUUAAGAGGAAAAAGAGUUCCAAAUCAGAGGCCAAAGGAACUGUGUCUAAAGUCACUGGGAAGAAAAUCACCAAGAUCAUCGGUUUGGGAAAGAAAAAGCCAUCGACGGAUGAACAGACCUCCUCAGCGGAGGAAGACGUGCCUACUUGUGGCUACCUGAACGUGCUGUCCAACAGCCGCUGGCGGGAGCGCUGGUGCCGAGUGAAGGACAACAAGCUCAUCCUCCACAAGGACAGGGCCGACCUGAAGGCCCACCUCGUCUCCAUCCCGCUCCGCGGCUGCGAGGUCAUCCCGGGGCUGGACUCCAAACACCCGCUGACGUUCCGGCUGCUUCGAAACGGCCAGGAGGUGGCCGUGUUGGAGGCGUCUUCUUCUGAAGACAUGGGCAGAUGGAUUGGGAUUUUGCUGGCUGAGACGGGGUCCUCAACAGACCCCGGGGCCCUGCACUACGACUACAUAGACGUGGAGAUGUCCGCAAACGUCAUUCAGACGGCCAAGCAGACCUUCUGCUUCCUGAACAGGCGUGUUCUGUCCACGAACCCAUACGUAGGGAGCACCGCCAACGGCUACGCGCACCCCAGCGGGACGGCGCUGCACUACGACGACGUCCCCUGCAUCGGCGGCUCGUGGGGACCCGACGACGGCCUUCCCGCUCCCCGAGGCCGCGGCCUGGGAGAAGAGGCGCUCUAUGAUAACGCCGUGCUGUACGAUAACUUGCCGUCUCCGAAAAUCUUUGCUCGCUGCCCCCCUGCUGACAGGAAGGCUGCGAGGCCGUCUCCUGACACACUGUCCUGUAACCACUACAAACACCCUGCCUCCUCCGGCCUGCCUUCCUCCCCGUCUGUCACUAACACCUCUUCUCUGGGGAGGGCGUCUCUCGGGCUCGGCUCACAGGUGAAGAGUAAAAAGCCCCCGGUGGCAUCCACUGGGGUUACGGGAAAAAGCAAGGCUCCAAGCGGUCAGCUAAAAAAAGCUGAUUCUGCGGCUGGCGUGAAGCGGACGCCUUCAAAUGCUGACCAGUACAAAUAUGGCAAGAACCGGGUAGAAGCAGAUGCCAAGCGGCUGCAGGCCAAAGAGGAGGAGCUGCUGAAGAGGAGGGAAGGCCUGCGGGACAGGCUGGCCCAGCUGCGGAAGGAGAGGAAGGGGCUGAGGGCCGCCAUCGAAGUGAACACCGGCAGGAAGACCCAGGUGACCCUGGAGGAGAAGCUGAGGAAGCUGGAGGAGGAGUGCAAGCAGAGGGAGACGGAGCGCGUCAACCUGGAGCUGGAGCUGACGGAGGUCAAGGAGAGCCUCAAGAAGGCGCUGGCUGGCGGCAUCACCUUGGGGCUGGCCAUUGAGCCCCGCUCAGGGACAUCGAGCCCGCAGUCUCCAGUUUUCAGGCAUCGGACCCUGGAGAACUCGCCCAUGUCCAGCUGUGAGACCAGUGAUGCAGAGGGCCCGGUGCCCGUGAACAGUGCGGCCGUCCUGAAGAAGAGCCCGCUGGCGCCCGCCAGCUCCCCCUGCCGGGGACACGUGCUUCGGAAGGCCAAGGAGUGGGAGCUGAAGAACGGGACAUAGAGCUCGCAGACGCCCGGCUCGCGCAGCGAUGCCCCGUCGCGUGCCCGCAGGGCACUGACCCGGGGCUCCGGCAGCGGGACACGGGGCUGGCGGCUGCGCUCCGGUGCCAGGACCCAGACCCGCCCGCUGUCUCCUCUCUACUGUGUAAUGGUUCCCUCUAAAGAGAUUUACUUGUAACGCUCUGGCUUCCACCUUCAUCUGUUAAGAGACAGGAAGGGACGGCAGGUGUGGUGAGACCAGCGCCAUCUCCGGGCGCAGCGCCCACCCCCACAGACUGAAGAUGAACGGCCAGCGGGCCCUGGACGGGACCUCGGACUCGGACGUGCUCCGCGCCCGGCGGGGGUGCGCGUGGGCGGCGGGCUGCCUGCUCCUCGGCCCGGAGGACCUGGGGAUGUUGCUGGGGUGGCGUGAGCCGCGUGGACCCGCCCCCGUCUCGGCGUCCCCCUCCCCACACGCCCGGGCCCCCCGUCACUAGGGGUGAAGGUGCAACAGAAUUGUGCUGUGAAGCAUUUUUUACCUUUUUUUUAAAAAAUAUUUUCUGGACAGAUGCUUUGGUCACCAGGACACAAAAAGCUGCCACUCUCCUUUAAACUUUAAAAGAUGUUCUCUUGUUACCAUGUGCUGUGCUUCCCUCCAAGGGUUUUCAGAUUCUGAGUCAUAUUUUAUUGGUGAUCGGUCCUGCUUUUGAAAGGCAGCAGUGUUUUUGAUACUUGCCGCAUGUGUGUCCUUCCCUGCUUUUCCCGGCAUCCAACCCCCUUCUACCCCUUCAGAAGCAGCGGGUGGUCCUCAGCGCCCCGGGCGGUGUCAUGGUGAUGGUCGCGGUCACACUCAUUCCAAGGUGCGAGUCUGCCCGUUGAAAGGCAGCAGGUUCUGGGAACUGGGCAGCUUUGGGGCAAAAGCAGGACCCGGAGAGCUUCUGCCCCACCCCCGCCCCGUGACCCGCCAGGGGGCUUAGUCCGCUGCUUCCCUCAGGGCGUGGCCGCGAAGGGAUCAGACACUAAGGCGUGAAGGGGACAGGCCGGUUCGUAGGUGGAGCUCGUCCAGGCCGGCUCUCCUCUGUCUGCAGAGGGACCUCUCAGGGAUCCUCCCUGUGCAGCCACUGGCCAGAAAACCCGUCUGUCACCUGGAGCCCUCUGCAGACUGGCCGAUGGGACCAGGUCACACACGGGGAUGGGCUCUUCCUACCUGCGGUGGAUGCGGCCUGUCCUCCGCUGCCUGGGAGGUGUUGCUCAUCAGAUAGAGGAACAGGAGGCAAGAAGACGGGGUGCGUGUGUCUCCCCUAGACGUGCCUGCAAGCACAUCCCGGGGCGGCCGCGGCUUCCGCAGGCCUUGCCGGUCAGGGCCGGAGUGGCCUUCGAGGCCAGCAUGGGCCCUGUCUGGCUUUACUGAGCAGAGCAGGAGAGCGAUCUUGGCCCCUAAGAAAGUUCUGCAGCAGGACCUGGAAGCCGGUCGCCUGGAGUCCACCUGAAACCUGAAGUUACGUUGAAGCCGUCUGCCAGGUGCCUGGGCUACCCGCUGGUGCCCUAACGCUCAAGCUCUUCCUCCGCUAUUUAUACGGCAGGUGGGGCCCCCCACCCCGACCCCAGGAAAUCCAAGUAGGGAGUGGAGGAGGGGCCUCCCCCAGCUCAGGCCCAUCCUCCCAGCCCUGGCUGGGAACGAGGAGCCACUCUCCCCCGGUCAUCCCUCAGCAUAGGAAGCUCGACCGCUUGGCGUCAUAGGAAGCUGAUUUCCUGUAAAGGAGGAGAGUGUGACCUCCCGUAGAUUUUUGCUGCCUUCUGGUCAAAUAAAUGGUUUCCACCUAAGGCUCUCAGGCCAUUCUGAUUGGCAGCCAGCUUUGCCCAAGCCGACGGCCAGAUUCCAGUUGUUACCAAGAAGGGAAAACGUGACCUCAGCCCAGCGCAGGUAGGCACAGGUGGGUGGGCCGCCAGCAGAGGUCACCUCAGAUGUCACCUCGACCAUCUCUGUGGAUCGCGCUCAAGGACACUGCCAGUGGGGCCAGAGCCAGGAUUUGGACCUGGCCUUCAGACUCCUGGCGUAUAUAUUUUGUGCUUAAAAAACCCAGGUUUUUAAUUCAUUUUCACAACCAUAAGCCUUUAAGGAGGAUGGUGGAUUCGAUCCUGUCGCGUUCUCUUGGAGCCAUGUGAAACGGGCCCCGCGGAAGCCGAGGCCACCGGCAUCGGGCUCCUUUGAUAUCAUGCGUCCCCCUCGAUGUCUUUAGAUUUGAUCAGAAAGUUAGUUUAAAGCAUUUGCUUCAAAAUAAGUUAUUUAUUUGUAUAUGUUCAAUAAAUAUAGUUUUUAACUUAUAUCUGUACAUACUAGACACACUGUGGACAUUCUGUUAGCACCCUGACAGUGAUCUCAUAACCCCACACCCCGCCAAAAUGUGCCCCAGGGACCUGCACCCCCUCUCUUGGGGCGGCCGGAGACAUCGUGCCAGAGCCAGGCUGGGGGGGCCUGGCCUCGGCCCCCGCUCGGGGGUGCAGGUCACCGUCCCCUGGGAGAAGUGGAUUCUCAAGAAAUGUCCCCAUCCCUCUGACAGGCAGUCAUAGUCACAGAGUGCUGGCCAAACUCUCAUAUAGAUCCUGACCGAAACGAGACGAACGUGGUGGCAGGACCAGGGCUGGUGUGAGGCUGCCACCAUCUGCAGGGCCGUGGGCCCUUCCCUGAGAACAGAGGCCACCAUCAGCCUCAGGCUCUGCUCCUGGCUCUGUUUUGGUGACGUGUUGUCGACCUGCAAAUUCCCUCCAUUUUUAUAUUUUUAUAAUGGUUUUCAUUCACUCACCAACCUUUCGCACAGAAAUAGAUGGUCAGAGGCGCGCCGUGUUACCCCGACAUGGGCUCAGGUGGGGGCAACUCCCCCCCACCCCCACCUCUGUCCAGAGGCCGGGGAGGGUCGGGCAGGGCCGGCCUGUGUGUCCGAGAUAACAACGCCGCACUCCCCCGCCCUGGGCCUCGGGACGGGCCUCUGCGGGAGCUGGUGGGCCCCGGGGAUGGACCCAGACGCUGGGGCCUCUGUACACGGUCUCCGCGGGGCUCUUCUCUCGGCCACACAGGUAGGACUAGUUGUGGUCCCUCGGUUUGGACACCUUGGCGUUGUCCAACUUGACCGUUCCCCUUAUUCAUCUCACUAGUCGGUCCCUGAGUCAUUUUGGGCUAUUUCUGAAAACCCAAGACAAGCCUGAUAGGAUGGAGAUGUGUCGCCUUUGAAACGUCUGUCUCAAAAAGCCUGUGUCCUGGGCCCUGAAGGCCGCCCUCAGGGAGGAGUUUCAGAUUGCUGUUAAUCGUGGCAACAGUUUGGAAUCUGUGUACAGGUUUCCAAGGCGACAGCUUAGAAGCUGGGGUGGGCCCGAGGGUUGUGGGCAAAACUCCUCUGUUUACUGUCCCAUCUUUUCUUUCCAGGAGAAUAACUGUCAGCAUGCUAUUUUGAAGGAAAUGUAAAGUUUGCCCCGGACCUAGUCCCCCAGGCAGCGUUGUCUGUUUAUUCACCACCUCCUAUGUCAGGAAGCUUCCCAGGCUGGGCACGGGGGUGGGCAUCCGGGCAGGGCCUCUCCCGCCGGAGAAAUCGGGCCGCUGAGGCGGCUGCAUCCCAGCCCCGGCCCCGCGCAGCCCAGCGGACGCCUCUUCCAGGAGCAGGUGGCCCGCCCGGCUCCACUGUGGCUCAGGAAAAGGUCAUGGACACUUCAGUAUUAAAUAUUGCGUUCCUCUUUCUUUCUAAAUUAAGUUUUUUAAUGGAAAAAAUAGUUUCAGGUCACGGCAGAGUUUUAAAGAGGGUGAUUUUAUUGUUCUUGUCAUUACUUAUCCCCAUGAUGGGCUGGGUUGAUACUGUGAAAUAAACUAAAACUAGACAUUUUCACGCCCCCUCCCCGUCCCCCGCACACACGGUGCAGCAGCAGAGAAGAACAGCCUCUUGGUGACCCCCGAGCCCUGGGGGGUUAGCGUGUCAUUCGUGAAGACGAGAGAGCUUCACGCCCAGUGAAGGGUUGGCCUCACGUGCACGCUCUUGCCCGUCUUUUGUGAAAUAAUUCAGUUUUCUUUCCAGAAAAGCCCAACUUGACAGCAUACAAGUAUUACCAGGUAUUUCUGUUCAUUGCCAUGGAAGAAAUUUUCGAGAUGGGAUCAUCAGAUCAUAAUUCUUAGGGACCAAAGGUGUUUUUUAAUAAGAUAAUCUUUGUAUUUGAUUUUUUUAAUGAGAAAGGCGAUGUUAACUUUAAACUUUAGCAUCAACUGUUAAAUUAUAUUCAGCAUUAAUUGACCAUGGCUAUAAGUUGUAAAAUGUUUUCAUAUUAAGAAUGUAAUUAUUUCCUUAUUGUAUUUUUUAAAAAACUAAAGUCAUAUUUAAAAUUCUCUUUGAAAGAAACAGGCAAGAAACAGGAAAGAUUUUUUUAAUUAAAUAUGUUGGCAGUGUCCAUUUUAAAUAACUGUAAAUAUAUUUUCACUGUGUUUUGCAAUGUAUUUAAUUCAUAAAGUAAAAAAUUUUAUCAGAAGAACCUUGCAUUGGAAAUAAUUCGUUUUCAGUCCAUUUGCCCGGAUUUUGUAGUGACCUCACUUGAAUUUUCUGCCUUACCAAUGGAUUUUUCUACAGUUUUACACAGUGUAGCCUGCAGACUGGCGCCCUCGGGCGUGCCGCCUUUGUGUGUUACUAAUAAACUCGGCUCU